AUGUUUGGAAAAUAUGAUUCCUCAAGUAUGUGUAUCAAAGUUAUCUUAUCAUUGGACUCAGCAGGGAAAACCACUGGCAUCUUUACAGAUUCUGAAGAUGGUUUAUCACAUAUUAUGCGAACCUAUGAAGGGUACCAAAUUCCAAAAGCUAUUGAAAAAUAUUCUUUGCAAACCCUCAAAGACGAUGACUACUACUUCGAGGCCACUGUUGAGAAGGAAAAUGCUAGAGAGAUUAAAGAGAAGCUCUCCUAAGUUGUUGAUGAUUUCGAGGCAAAGCUCA